AUGCUGGAGGCCCGGCCCCUCGGGACGCAGGGCAGUGACGCUGCCGCUGCCGGUGCCGCUGGAGGGGCGGGGGCUGCGAGGGCUCUGCUCUCCUCCCUGGCUCUAACGCCCGGGAGUUUGGGUGCCAUGGGGGAGAGAUCUGCAUAUCAGCGCCUGGCUGGGGGUGAGGAGGGACAGCAGAGGCUGGGGAGCAGCAGCAUGCAGCCCGAGGAGGGCACGGGCUGGCUGCUGGAGCUGCUGUCCGAGGUGCAGCUACAACAGUACUUCCUGCGGCUCCGCGAUGACCUCAAUGUUACCCGCCUGUCCCAUUUUGAGUAUGUCAAGAAUGAGGACCUGGAGAAGAUUGGCAUGGGCCGGCCUGGACAGCGGCGAUUGUGGGAGGCUGUGAAGAGGAGAAAGGCCAUGUGCAAACGCAAGUCUUGGAUGAGCAAGGUGUUCAGUGGAAAGCGACUGGAGGCUGAGUUCCCUCCUCAUCACUCUCAGAGCACCUUCCGGAAGACCUCGCCCACUCCAGGGGGCCCAGCAGGGGAGGGGCCCUUGCAGAGCCUCACGUGCCUCAUUGGGGAGAAGGACCUGCAUCUCUUCGAGAAGCUAGGAGAUGGCUCCUUUGGCGUGGUGCGCAGGGGCGAGUGGGACGCCCCCUCGGGGAAGACGGUGAGUGUGGCUGUGAAGUGCCUGAAGCCUGAUGUGCUAAGCCAGCCAGAGGCCAUGGAUGACUUUAUCCGGGAGGUUAAUGCCAUGCAUUCCCUGGACCAUCGAAACCUCAUUCGUCUUUAUGGUGUGGUGCUCACGCCGCCCAUGAAGAUGGUGACAGAGCUGGCGCCGCUGGGAUCGUUGUUGGACCGGCUGCGCAAGCACCAGGGCCACUUCCUCCUGGGAACUCUGAGCCGCUACGCCGUGCAGGUGGCUGAGGGCAUGGGCUACCUAGAGUCCAAGCGCUUUAUUCACCGUGACCUGGCUGCCCGAAAUCUGCUGUUGGCCACCCGUGACCUGGUCAAGAUUGGGGACUUCGGGUUGAUGCGUGCACUACCCCAGAAUGACGACCACUAUGUCAUGCAAGAGCAUCGCAAGGUGCCCUUUGCCUGGUGUGCUCCCGAGAGCCUGAAGACACGUACCUUCUCCCAUGCCAGUGACACCUGGAUGUUUGGGGUAACAUUGUGGGAGAUGUUCACCUAUGGCCAGGAGCCCUGGAUUGGCCUCAAUGGCAGUCAGAUUCUGCAUAAGAUUGACAAGGAGGGGGAACGUCUGCCGCGGCCUGAGGACUGCCCACAGGAUAUCUACAAUGUCAUGGUUCAGUGCUGGGCUCACAAGCCAGAGGACAGACCCACCUUUGUGGCCCUGCGGGACUUCCUGCUGGAGGCCCAGCCCACUGACAUGAGGGCGCUUCAGGACUUUGAGGAGCCAGACAAGCUGCACAUCCAGAUGAAUGACGUCAUCACCGUCAUCGAGGGAAGGGCUGAGAAUUACUGGUGGCGUGGACAGAACACCCGGACACUGUGUGUGGGACCCUUUCCUCGCAACGUGGUGACCUCCGUGGCUGGCCUUUCAGCCCAGGACAUCAGCCAACCCCUGCAGAAUAGCUUCAUCCACACGGGACAUGGCGACAGUGACCCCCGCCACUGCUGGGGCUUCCCUGACAAGAUUGAUGAACUGUACCUGGGAAACCCCAUGGACCCUCCUGACCUGCUGAGUGUGGAACUGAGCACCUCCCGACCCACCCAACAUCUAGGAAGGGUGAAAAGGGAGCCUCCACCUCGCCCACCUCAGCCUGCCAUCUUCGCUCAGAAGCCAACCUACGACCCAGUGAGUGAGGACCAGGACCCUCUGUCCAGCGACUUCAAGAGGCUGGGCCUCCGGAAACCAGGCCUGACCCGUGGGCUGUGGCUGGCGAAGCCCUCAGCUCGGGUGCCGGGCACCAAGGCAGGGCGUGGCGGCGGGAGCGAGGUCACACUCAUUGACUUCGGCGAGGAGCCUGUCGUCCCCACCCCCCGGCCCUGUGCACCCUCACUGGCACAGCUGGCCAUGGAUGCCUGCUCCUUGCUGGACAAGACUCCACCGCAGAGCCCCACUCGGGCACUGCCCCGGCCCCUGCAUCCCACACCUGUGGUGGACUGGGAUGCCCGCCCGCUGCCCCCGCCUCCUGCCUACGACGAUGUGGCCCAGGAUGAGGACGACUUUGAAGUCUGCUCCAUCAACAGCACCCUGGUGGCUGCAGGGGUCUGUGCUGGGCCCAGCCAGGGUGAAACCAAUUAUGCCUUUGUGCCUGAGCAGGCGCAGCUCCUCCCUCCCCUGGAGGACAAUCUGUUCCUCCCACCCCAGGGUGGGAGCAAGCCGCCCAGCUCGGCCCAGACCGCACAGAUCUUCCAGGCGCUGCAGCAGGAGUGCAUGCGGCAGCUGCGGGUCCCGGCUGGCUCCCUGGUCCCUUCACCUGGCCCAGCCCCAGCGGGUGAGGACAAGCCCCAGGUGCCCCCCCGGGUGCCCAUCCCCCCGAGGCCCACUCGCCCACGUGGUGAGCUGUCUCCAGCCCCCUCAGGUGAGGAGGAGAUAGGGCGGUGGCCUGGACCUGCCUCCCCUCCCCGGGUGCCUCCCCGGGAGCCCCUGUCCCCUCAAGGCUCGAGGACCCCUAGCCCCCUGGUACCACCUGGAAGCUCCCCACUGCCACCCCGGCUCUCAAGCUCACCUGGGAAGACCAUGCCCACCACCCAGAGCUUUGCCUCAGACCCCAAGUAUGCUACACCACAAGUGAUCCAGGCACCCGGCCCACGGGCUGGUCCCUGCAUCCUACCCAUCGUCCGUGAUGGCAAGAAGGUCAGCAACACCCACUAUUACCUGCUGCCCGAGCGCCCACCCUACCUGGAACGCUACCAGCGCUUCCUGCGUGAGGCCCAAAGCCCUGAAGAGCCGGCCCCCUUGCCUGUGCCCCUGCUGCUGCCCCCACCCAGCACCCCAGCCCCUGCCGCCCCCACUGCCACUGUUCGACCAAUGCCCCAGGCUGCCCCAGACCCCAAGGCCAACUUCUCCACCAACAACAGUAACCCAGGGGUCCGGCCACCAGCCCUGAGGGCCACUGCACGGCUGCCACAGAGGGGCUGCCCUGGGGACGGGCCAGAGGCUGGACGACCGACAGACAAGAUCCAGAUGGUGGAGCAGCUCUUUGGGUUGGGUCUGCGGCCGCGAAGCGAGUGCCACAAGGUGCUGGAGAUGUGUGACUGGAACCUGGAGCAGGCAGGCUGCCACCUCCUGGGCUCCUGCGGCCCCGCCCACCACAAGUGA